AUGCCAAAGAAAGAGAAGGUGAAGAGAGUCAAAGGAGAGAAGUCAACAAAAAAGUCGAAAGAGAAAGAACGCGCCGCGGAAGCGACGGGAGGGAUGGUUGUCGACGAUAACGGAGAAGUCAAAUUUAACUCUCGUUCUGCUAACGCUGCUAUUGUCUCUGUCGGGAAACAAGGAGAUACCCCACAUGCGUGGCCCGACUACGUCUUUUUGAAGGGAACGUCCUUUUCGAGCAAAAAUAAAGAUAAGGCGCGUGACAUCAAAAUUGAUAAUUUCACGUUACAAGUGCCUGGUAAAGUGCUUUUAAACAACUCGACUUUAACGAUGGGAUAUGGGUCGAAGUAUGGGUUAGUUGGUAAGAAUGGUAUUGGGAAGUCUGUGUUAAUGUGUGCGAUAUCGGGAAGAGAAGCGGGAACCCCUUUUGCUAAUAUUCCAGCUAACAUUCGUAUACUCCACGUCCAACAAGAAGUACCUGGCAACGACUUAACUCCACUUGAUACAGUCCUCCAAGCUGAUGUUGAGAGAAUUUGGCUGUUAAGUGAGGAGAAACGACUGUUGUCACAGAAGGACGAACAUCACGAAGAAGAACAUGAAUCAUCCGAAGAACACGCAGAAGAGCAUAUAGAACCGCCUUAUGAUAUCAACGACAUCUACGAUCGAAUGAAAGAGAUAGAAGUGAACAAAGCGGAACCCCGGGCAUUAAAGAUAUUGAAAGGUCUAGGGUUUCAAGAGGAUGAGAUGCGUAAAAAAAAGACGAGCGAAUACUCAGGAGGGUGGAGGAUGAGAAUUGCGUUAGCGACGGCGUUGUACUUGCAACCCGAUUUGUUGAUUCUCGAUGAACCGACGAACCACCUUGACUUGAACGCAGUCAUUUGGCUCGAACAUUACUUGAUGGGGUGGAAGAAGUCACUUUUGUUAGUCUCCCACGACACUUCAUUCUUAAAUAAUGUCUGUGAUCACAUCGUCCACUUCACGAAUCAAACGCUUACUUCAUAUCGAGGGGACUAUGCUUCAUUCUUGAAGGCUCUUGAGAUGAAACAAAAUCAAGAAGAGAAGAAGAAACGAAUUGAGAAGGCGGAGAAUCAAAAAGCAAAGAAGAAGGGAGAGGAGAAGAAGAAAGAGAAGACGCAACUGACGAAGCAAGAGAAAGCCGUAAAGGAGCUUGAGGGGAAAGCGCCCGUGUUUGAGUUCCCGGACCCUGGAGACUUUGAGACGUGUGCAGUGCAAUUUGAUGAAGUGUCAUUUAAGUACGACACUGCGAAGACGGAGAUCUUCAGAGACCUCCAAUUUGGGAUAUACAUGAAGUCCAGAAUUGGUCUGGUGGGCCCGAACGGCACAGGGAAGUCCACAUUGAUGAAAUUGAUUGAUGGGGAACUUAAGGAAACGACUGGAUAUGUCGAUAGGAACAGACAGUUGAGAAUUGGGCGAUUCCAUCAACACCACGUCGACGAUUUACCAAUGGACUUGUCAUCGAUUGAGUACAUGCAGAAGUCAUUCCCAUCAGCACAAAUACAAGAGAUCCGACAAUUCCUCGGGAGAUUUGGAUUGAAGGGUGAUACCCCAAAACAAAGGAUCGAAACCCUUUCUGGCGGUCAGAAGAGUCGAUUGGUGUUUGCAGAAAUCUGUUGGAAGAAGCCACAUUUGCUGUUACUCGAUGAACCAACAAAUCACUUGGACGCAGACUCUAUAGAGUCGCUGAUUGAUGGACUUAAGAACUUUGGAGGAGGACUGUUACUCAUUUCGCAUCACCAGCACAUGAUCGAAGCUGCGACCGAUGAAAUUUGGGUGGUCAAAGGAAAUAACACCGUUGAAAAGUUUGAUGGAGACUUUAACGACUAUAAACAGAUGUUGCUCAAAGGAAUGGACUUUGGGGAAGAAGAGGAAGACAAGUGA